CUUAUUAGAUAAAAUAAUAAGCCAAUUUAAAUUAGAAAGCAUUCGUGAUACAUCAGUCUUAGCAGUGAACGAAGAAUUUGUUGCUUCAGACACGACACUAGUACUUUCAGAAAAAGACGAAGUUGCUGUUAUUCCACCACUUAGUGGAGGUUAGAAUGAGUACUGCAAAAGAUAUCGUCAAAUUGCAACAAGAAGAGUUAAAUGUUGGACACAUAAUUGAUUUAGUAACAGCUCCUAAUUGUGGGGCUGUAUCAAGUUUUGUUGGCAUUACUCGUGACAAUUUUGAUAAUAAGAAGGUUUUAAGAUUGGAGUAUGAAGCAUACGAACCAAUGGCUUUAAAAGAAAUGAAAAACAUAUGUUCAAAAAUUCGUUCUCAAUGGAAUGUUUAUCAUAUUGCUAUAUAUCAUCGCCUAGGGGAGGUACCAGUAUCCAAAGCGAGCGUAGUAAUUGCUAUUUCUUCUCCUCAUAGGGAAGAAUCAUUAAAAGCUAUUGAAUAUGCUAUUAAUUCAUUGAAAACAUCAGUUCCAAUUUGGAAGAAAGAGGUAUAUGAUACUCAAGAAGUUCAAUGGAAAGAAAAUAAGGAGUGUACCUGGUCAAAUAAUUCGUGCUACCCCGGCUGAACUGAAUCACAGAAUAUCAGCUUUCAUUGAAAGAAAACGUCAACAAGUAAACAUUGUUAACGUACAAGAAUUUUGUUGUCAAAGGGAUCAAAAUGAUGAGAAUGAUAAUUCAUGUGCGAGAGUAGAUGCCAUUCUUAUUAGGAGAAAAGAUUCUAAAAGUCAUGUUAAAG